AUGUCUCUGUUUGCAGGUGUGCAGUGUGAGGUGCAGCUGGUGGAGUCUGGGGGAGGGUUGGUACAGCCUGGGGGGUCCCUGAGACUCUCCUAUGCAGCCUCUGGAUUCACCUUCAGUAACAGUGACAUGAACUGGGUCCGCGAGGCUUCAGGAAAGGGGCUGGAGUGGGUCUCGGGUAUUAGUUGGAAUGGCGGUAGGACACACUAUGCGGACUCCGUGAAGGGCCGAUUUACCAUCUCCAGAGACAAUUCCAGGAAGCCCCUGUAUCUGCAAAAGAACAGACGGAGAGCCGAGGACAUGGCCGUGUAUUACUGUGUGAGAAAUCCUGUGAGGGGACACAAGUGUGAGCCCAGACACAAACCUCCUGCGGGAACGUUGGGGGAAAUCAGCUGCAGGGGGCGCUCAGGACCCACUGAUCAGAGUCAACCACAGAGCAGGAAUGAAAGGUCCUCAACCAUGGUCACCAGCAUCAGAGUCGUGAGGAAGCUCAGGGGUGCCUGCCCGGGAUCGUUCUCAUCAAAAUGUCAUUCAGAUCCUGUGUAUGACAAAAAUUGUGUUUUUCAGCGCACUCAUGUUCUAGUAAAGCCCUCAGAGACCCUCUCCUUCACCUGUGCUGCCUCUGGAUUUCCGAUCAUAACCAGUACUUCCUCCUGGGGCUGGAUCUGCCAGCCUCCAGGGAAGGAGCUGAAGUGGGUCAGGUGUGUAGGUCAUGAGGAAGCACACAGUACAACCCGCUUCUCAAGAGUCCAGUCACCACCUCCAGAUCCACAUUCAGAAAGCAGUUUUUCCUACAGCUGA